CCACAGAAGCCCUGCCUCCUCACGCAGGACAGUAGAGAGGUUAGCUUUCUUUCUCCUUCUAGUUCAGUCCUUUGGCUAAUGUGAAAGACCACGCAGAAGCUUUGGAGUUGCUUUUUGUGCUUGAAAAAAGUGCAUAGAUAGAAGACAGGGAUUCCUGGCUGGGAGGAGGGAGGAGAGCUGAAGAUCUCUGCCUGGGCUGGCUGAGCUAAGCAGUCAAAGUGGGAAGCUGAGUGCUUGAAAGAGGAUUAUGCUCGCACUAGAAAUAAGCAGUAAGUGAGCGAAUAACCAUUAUGGUUUAGAAAAGGAUUAAUCCCCCUGGGGUUAUGGGGUGAAGUAGAAAAUAUUGCUUAACUCUAGAGUAAAACUGUAAGGCUUCUGACUCUGUAUACAGUUGUGUGCUGUUUGGAGAGUAGGGGCUUAAAUGCAAAAUCAGAGCUCUAAAUGCCUCCUCCCACUCUUGGAAAAUGCCAGCUUCUACUUAGAAUAGUUGUGGAUAUAAUCUCCUUCCCUGACCUAGCCUCUUUCCAGGAAAAUAUAUUCCUAAAUCAGUAAGGAAGUUAGGAUUAAAUUGGAAAGGUGGAAUUUGGUAGUGGUAGAAUUGCAAUCUUGAAUUAUGUUUGGUGAAUGCUGACAUUGUUAUAUCAGUGAGCAGUGAUUUGUUAAUCACAAGGAAGUCUGAGAUUGGGGCAUUAAAAAGGGAAAAUUGAGAGCUUUUAUGACAAGGAGGCUGAAUAGUCUGUAUGCGUACGAUGAAAUAUGAAAAUGUAUAUAAGUAAUAAUAGAUGGGGUGUUUUAAGGAGCAUUAAAAGUAGAACAGCAGUCAGGAAACCUAGAAGUGCUCGGAUAAAAUUUAGUUAGAAAAGAAGAGAUUUUAGUUUCAAUGACUUUUUGUGCUAGCCAAAAAUUUCAUAAUGUUUACAAAGUCAAGACAAUGAUUCAGGGAUACUUUGAUUAUUGUCAUACAUUAUAAAUACUGUUGCUGGGCAAGAUCUGUGGUUCUUUGGUCAGCAAGUUCUGGCAAUGACACCACUGCCGCUGGUGCAAAGAAUUCUGGGAUGCCUGACAGUGAAAUGGAUGGAAGGACCCACAUUCCAACUCUACUUAAUGUCCUUUUGUCCAGAAAUCGGGUCAUGCAAAUGAGCUACUUGAAAAGUAAAGAAAAAGGAUAUGGAAAACUAAGCAGUGAUGAAGACCUCGAAAUAAUUGUUGAUCAAAAGCAGGGAAAAGGCUCUAGGGCGGCAGAUAAGGCUGUUGCCAUGGUGAUGAAGGAGAUACCGAGGGAGGAGUCUGCUGAAGAAAAGCCCCUCCUUACUAUGACAUCACAGCUGGUGAAUGAACAGCAAGAAAGCAGACCCCUCUUGAGUCCCUCCAUCGAUGACUUUCUUUGUGAAACCAAAUCGGAGGCAAUAGCAAGGCCAGUAACGUCCAACACAGCCGUAUUGACCACAGGCUUAGAUCUCCUUGACCUGAGUGAACCCGUCUCUCAAACCCAAACCAAAGCCAAGAAGUUGGAGGCCUCAUCGAAAACCUCAUCCCUCAAGAAAAAGGCUGAUGGAUCUGAACUCAUCAGUGCAGAUGCUGAGCAGAGAGGCCAGCCUCUCCGAGGCCCAGAGACUUCAUCCUUAGAUUUAGACAUUCAAACACAACUGGAAAAAUGGGAUGAUGUUAAGUUUCAUGGAGAUCGAAAUAGCAAGGGGCAUCCAAUGGCAGAAAGAAAAUCAUGCUCUUCUAGAACUGGAUCAAAGGAACUCUUAUGGUCCUCAGAACACAGAUCUCAACCAGAACUAAGUGGUGGGAAAAGCGCCCUGAACUCUGAGUCGGCUUCAGAAUUGGAAUUAGUGCCUCCAACACAGGCUCGAUUGACCAAAGAACAGCGCUGGGGAAGUGCAUUACUUUCCAGAAACCACUCCUUGGAAGAAGAAUUUGAAAGGGCAAAAGCAGCAGUGGAGUCAGAUACAGAGUUUUGGGAUAAGAUGCAAGCAGAAUGGGAAGAAAUGGCCCGGAGGAACUGGAUAUCCGAGAACCAAGAAGCCCAGAACCAAGUUACAAUCUCAGCUAGUGAGAAGGGAUAUUACUUUCACACCGAAAAUCCCUUCAAGGACUGGCCGGGAGCAUUUGAAGAGGGCUUAAAAAGACUGAAGGAAGGGGAUCUGCCCGUCACCAUCCUGUUCAUGGAGGCGGCAAUUCUUCAGGACCCUGGAGAUGCAGAGGCAUGGCAGUUCCUCGGGAUAACCCAGGCAGAGAAUGAAAAUGAACAAGCAGCUAUUGUCGCCCUCCAGAGGUGCUUAGAAUUACAGCCCAACAACUUGAAAGCUUUGAUGGCUCUGGCUGUAAGUUACACUAACACUGGCCAUCAGCAGGAUGCCUGCGAAGCUCUAAAGAACUGGAUUAAGCAAAAUCCAAAGUACAAAUACCUUGUGAAGAGCAAGAAAGGAUCUCCAGGCCUUACCCGGAGGAUGUCCAAGUCUCCAGUUGAUAGCUCUGUUUUGGAGGGAGUUAAGGAAUUAUAUCUGGAAGCUGCCCACCAAAAUGGAGAUAUGAUUGACCCAGACCUACAGACAGGUCUGGGGGUACUGUUCCACCUGAGCGGAGAAUUUAACAGAGCAAUAGAUGCAUUUAACGCUGCCUUAACUGUUCGGCCAGAGGACUAUUCAUUAUGGAACCGUCUCGGGGCAACCUUGGCGAACGGAGACCGCAGUGAGGAAGCUGUGGAGGCCUACACACGAGCACUGGAGAUUCAGCCAGGCUUCAUCCGAUCCAGAUACAAUCUGGGAAUAAGCUGCAUCAAUCUGGGCGCCUACAGAGAAGCGGUCAGCAAUUUUCUCACUGCCCUCAGUUUGCAAAGAAAAAGCAGGAAUCAACAGCAAGUUCCUCAUCCUGCAAUCUCUGGGAAUAUCUGGGCUGCCCUCAGAAUCGCACUUUCUCUGAUGGACCAACCAGAACUCUUCCAGGCGGCUAAUCUCGGUGACCUGGAUGUCCUCCUAAGAGCUUUCAACUUGGAUCCUUGAAGGAAAAGAAAAAAAAAAAAUUAAAAAUGAUAAAUCCUUAUCUGUGUAAUUGUACUAAGAAAUGCAAAACUAUUUUAUUAUGAAUUCCAAAAAGGAUAAAACCAGAUGUCCGAAAGGCCAUGGUGAUAUAACACAAGGGAACUCCUACAGAUGAUGCCCAGUCUCUGUUCAGAUUCAAAAGCACAAAAUGUUGUACAUAGAGUCAAGGUUGGGCUCAGAAGAAGAACUGAGAGACACAAAGACAAACCAAGAUAAAGUAACCAUGUGUGAAUACUCUUCACAAGCUGCAAGCAUAUUCAAAACACGU